GACGCGGGCGGCCGGGUGUGCGCGCGCUCUGCAGCGGACCGAGCCGUGCCGAGCCGAGCCGAGGUGACGGUCAACUCGAGCUGCUGCCCUGCUCCUGCGCGUAGAGCGGCCAUGGACGAGCGCGCCCGCUUCCAGAGGAGAAAACAAGCAAACCCGCGCCGAAAGAACGUGUUGGAGGAUGACAUCACAUCGACGCGAGAGCGGCGGCCGGAAACGGAAGAAGACGGGCGGGCGCUCGAGCCGUCCGCGCACGAGUACCUUUGGCGCAGCGACACGGCCGUCAUCUACCCGGAAGACCCGGACGAAAAGGCGGAGUCGCGUUCCGGCCCGGGCGAGGAGGCGGAAAGUCGCUGGACCCCGCAGAAGCCCGUCGGAGAGCAGAAGGAGGGCGGCGUCGACCGAAAGUUCAAGUGCGGCGAAUGCGGAAAAGCCUUCAAGUACAAACAUCACUUGAAGGAACACCUGCGCAUCCACAGCGGCGAAAAACCGUACGAGUGCCCCAACUGCAAAAAGCGCUUCUCCCACUCGGGCUCGUACAGUUCCCACAUUAGCGGCCGCAAAUGCGCGGCGGGGCCGGCGGCGCUCCUCCGCGGACGUCCGCCGGGGCCCUCGGCAAAUUGCUCCGCGCCGGCCCGGCUCCGGCUCCAGUUGGAAAACGGCGGGGCCCGCCGGCGACGUCGGCCGGGCGACCGAGCCCGGACGGCGGAGUACGGGCCGGCCGCGGACUCCGCCCGCGAGGCCGAGGGGUUCCGCGCGAACGGUUUCGGCGACUACGGAAAAGCGGCUGCGGACUUCCUUCUGCCGGAGACGCUCGAUAGCCCAAGUGACACGUGCGUCCGAAAGGCCGAGCGGAACCCGGCGGACGUUUCCGAACCGAGGGCCUACGCGAAAGAGCUCGGGGCCCGGCCGGACCCCGCCGACGACCGGUCGAAGGUUCGGCCGGACGGAAACGAAGCGGACGAGACGAGACGGAGCAAAGGAGACGGUCGCUACUGCCGGUUCUGCGAGGAGACUUUCCCGGGACCCGUUCCGCUGCAUCAGCACGAGCGCUACCUCUGCGAGAUGAACCCGGACGUCCGAGCCGUCCUACGGCCGGGGGCUUUCGGAGCGUACUCGGAAUGGCCGGCGUCCGCCGAGGAGCCCGGGAACGCUUUCGAGGACGGCUUCUCGCUCACGCGGGCCACGCGGGCCUCGAGUACGGAACGCGACUCGGAGGAACUGCUGAAGAUUUCCCUGGCCGUGGGCCUUCCGCGAGAGUUUGUCAGGGACUGGUUCGCGGAGCGGGAUCCCGGCCUUCCCGAAGCGCGCCGGAACUCCGGACCUUCGCCGAUCUUCUCGAACGGCGACCCCUUCCCGGCGAGGGUCGAGACCGGUGAACCGGAGGAUCGCGACGGUCGCUCGCCGCUCAACUUGUCCUCCUCUGAGCGGAGUAGCGCCGAGGGCCCGGUCCGGGAGGGCGCUCGUGCAGACGCCCCGCUCGAUCUUUCGGUGCCCAAACGCUCGGCCGGCGAAUUCCGGCGAACGAGAAUGAACGGUCUCGCGACGGGACCCGGGGCGGAGCGAGGCCUCGCGGGCGACCCGCUCCGUGUCAAAAAAGACUUCCCCGAGCGUCGGACGGGAGCCGGUCCCGUGUUCGGCGUGGAUCUUUUUGCGGCGGCUCCGGUCUACUCGCCCGUGCCUUUCCCUCUGCGGACGUUCGCGUCCCCCGCCCGGUACCCGCUCCCGGACUCUGCCGGCCCGGCGCCCCAAAUGGCGUACGCCUUCGCGAGAGGGGCGGCCGCCUUCGUGGACAUACAGAGCACCGGGAAAACCCAGUGGAAAACAACUUUACAGAGGGCGCUACUUGACAGGUCGUCGGACUACCUGUCAGGUGGGGAGGAAGUGACAGAAAGCGAGUCGCAAACCAAGAGCGCCAGUGGUACUGCGCCGAGUGGUACGUACGCCUGCGACUUGUGCCACAAAACAUUCCAGAAGACCAGUUCCCUCCUAAGACACAAAUAUGAGCACACAGGCAAGCGUCCCCACCGGUGCGAGAUCUGCCAGAAGGCCUUCAAGCACAAACAUCACCUGAUCGAGCACUCGCGUCUGCACUCGGGAGAAAAACCCUACCAGUGCGACAAGUGCGGAAAGCGCUUCUCGCACUCUGGCUCCUACUCGCAGCACAUGAACCACCGCUACUCCUACUGCAAGCGGGAAGCCCGGGAGGCCGAGGCGCCGCCGCCGGCCGGCUCCCACUCCGACCGCCCCGCCGGAUUCUCGGACGCGGGCCGCUUUUCCGCUCCCCUCUUCGGAGAGGAGGUCCCGGCGGAUCGUUGACCGGGAGGCGUUUCGCCAACGUCGGCAACUUUGGACGGAUUCCCGGAGCGAGCGCGCUCACCUUCCGAUCGGCGCUCCGGUCUGCUGGAACGUGACGUCCGAGCUAAGCUAAGCUAAGCUAGGCUAAGCAAAGCAAAGCAAAGCAUCGCUACCCGCCGAGGCCAAUGCCGAGCAGGGGAAGGCUAAAAGUCGAGCGGUGCUAAAAAUGUUGGAGAUUGCACUUCACUGUCACCACUAAUCAAUCAUCAUUUGUUUGACUUCAACUUGUCCAAAUUCCUUUUUCUUUUUUGUUUGAACCCUUUACAGGAGAAGUAACAAUGUUUGGUCCACUUUUAUACGAUUCAUUCCUGUUUAAUGACAGUUCGGGGAAUCUUAUCAUGCUGGUCCUUCCGUAAGUCAUUCCAUAAAGAUUUUAGGGCACUUGUUGAUAAUCAGGUCACUUCCUAUUCAUUUUGGGGCUUUUAUGGGUUACUUCCUGUUGAUUUUGGGACGUUUUUGCACAUACAUAUACCGUAUUGGCCUGAAUAUAAGACGGCCCCGAUUAUAUGACGACCUCCUCUUUUUCGAGACUCAAGUUAAAAAAAAAGACGUUUUGAACACCAAAUUCAUUUUUAUACAGAAAAUAAUGACAGUACAUCCGAAACAAAUGAUUAUAACAACAUAUUUGAGAGAAAAGGCAUGUUAUUUUGCCUCAUUCAAAUCUGAACAUUUAAAUAUAUAAACUAAAGUGCAAUCACAUUGGUAAAUGAAUGGCUUCUGGUUUUUGAAAUGUAAAUAAACCAAUCAAUUGUGAUAAAACAACAAAAUUGCAAUAACUGCAUUAACCAUCAAAGUGAAGUCUAACUGUAACUGUAGUCUUGAAACAAAUCCGAAUCAGGAAAAACAUUGCAAUAAAAUAAUGCAAACUGGUUCAACUUGAGAGUAGCUGAGAUCUAUCAUGACAGAACAUCGCUUCAAUGAUAUCUGGCGCCAUCUAGGGUCGUGAAUGGGUAUAAUGUCUAGACCGCGAGUAUAAGACGACCCCCUCUUUUUCAGUCGUAUUUCAAUGCAAAAAACACCGUCUCAUAUACGGGCCAAUACGGGUAUAUAUAAAACUCGAUGUCUGACGCGGGCUGUAAGCCAAUGGGGAUGAGCGUCAUCACUUGUCGGCCAUUUUGCAUCAAGACAGGUCAAUGAUUGAGCAUGCAUCUUGGAAGGGUUCAAAAUGACUCCAUUUCAAUCAGCUUGGUUUCGGGUGCAAUAAAUUGACAACAGACUUCAAAAUAAUUGUAUCUUUGUUUUUUUGCAAAAUCUGGGCCAUAUCAUAGCCACUACCACGUUAUUAUGGCUUGUUAUAUACCAAACUCUUCAAGAAUUGAGCGAGGUCAGCGUGUUAUACAGUAUGGUGGAGAAAAUCACUCAACUACAUCCGCUAAGUUUAAACACGCCAUCGAGGUAACCCUAACGCAAGAUGGCCACCAGUUACUUAUGCUGCCGGCCCUGCCUUUAGACAUCUAGCCUUAUAUAUAUACAGUAUAUACAGUAUGUGUGUGUGUGAUAACUAUGCAUUUUUGGUUGAUCUCGGCUCACUUGCUGUUUAUUUGUCACAUUAACCGGGUCUCUUCCAGUUGAUUCGUUGAAUUUAAAAUAAGAGAAAUAAACUUUGUAGAUGGCCUCCUGUAACACUGUGAAGUUUUUGUUGUUGUUGUCAUUUUACAUUUCAAUGAGCGCCUUAUAAAGGGUUGAUAUUCUCUGAAAGCCAACUAUCUUUGUGGUCAAUCCCAAUAUUCGGAUAUUGGCAAUAUAUUGGAAAUACAUCCAAAUUUGUUUCCUCGACUGUUAUGUUUGUCCUUUUCAAAUGUAUCCGACGACGACUACUACUGACGAACACAAUACCGGCCGGGACGGCGUGUGAAAUCGCUGUAAUCAAAAUUAAAAAAAAAAAACAGAAAGCACAUGCUCACUUGCCUCCUCAAGUCACUCGUGUCAGUCGCUGGUCGGAUGGAUUACAUCGAGGGAUAACCAUAAAGGAAUAACAUUUAACCAAUUUCAUCAUCUCAUUCACUUCCAUUGACAGUGACUGCGCUAGAUGUCCUAUCCAUUUUGAGCGGUUGAUGAACAUUCGCCCCUGCCACUCCAAGUCAAAAUGGGAAAGUUGAUAUUUUUCCUAUCUUUCAGUCUUUUAUUGUUAAUAUAUCAAAGUUAAUUUACGGUCAAAGUAAAAAGCAUUGACUUUUAAAGCAAGUCCUUUUUGCUUCUCAGAGGAACUUAUCCAUGGAUUGGAUUCUUUUCAAUCAUUUUCUGUUGUUGUUUUUAAACUGCGCUUUUAACCAAUUCUAUAUAACCACAUUAAGCCCCCCCCAAAAUCAUGGCAUUCCAGCAAGAGAAAAUUAUCGACAGAAAUAAAGCAUCAUUUGUCCAAAGAGCAUGAGUGCACCAUCUAGCGGAGAGAAGAUAAAGGACAAUAUUUCCGGUGUCAAUCGGUAGAGAUGUUACGCUCGAAGCAGACGCUCGAGACAAGUGUCGAGCGCUCGCGGCAGAAGUGUGACGAAUCAGUCGUCCCGAUGUCUCGCUGGAUCCGGUGGAACAGCUCGCGACGUCACGCUCGAAGCAGACGCCUGACAAGUGUCGAGCGCUCGCGGCAACAAGUAUUCCGAUACGUUGUACUGAUGUCUCGCUUCAUUCAGUGGAAAAACACCUGGCCGCGGAAGCAAAGCGUUGCGAUGCCACACGCGUGUCGGCCGUGACCGUGGACGUGUCACUCAGGUAGCGAGGGUUCGAGUCAGUCAAUUUGGUUCAGUCAAGCUCACAAUGCUUAUAAAAAGGGAAUAUAUCCCUCAAAAUGUUGUGGGUUGUGAGGAGAGCUUUUGCGCGCAUUACGUCAUAUUGAGAACGAGGGAGAGUAAAGUGAAAUUAGAUCAGAUUACACAUUAGAUUCAUUUGCAAAUGCACAUAGUAUAGGCAUACAUUGACACACUAUACACUGAUUUAUAUAAUACGUCAGGUUUUGUGUUUGUUUUUGUGUCUGUCUGUCAGUUUUUGUGUUUGUCUAUCUGCCAGUUUGUAUAUUUGUUCGUGCCAUGUGAGACAAUAUUCUCAAAAGCUGGAGAGGUCAUUAGCAAAAAGAGGAACUGGCUGAAACCAAAUGCUGCUGAGAUGAUUUUGUUUUUAAAUAAAAAUGUGUGAAACACCCAAAUCCCCAUCCCAGUGUCACUAGCAUUCUAUACAGCUACCACCAAGAGUUCCCUAUUC